AUAGAAAGAUCAAUUUGAGAAGCAUUUGAAAGGAAAGAAAAAGAAGAAUAUAUACAAAGGAGAAUGUCAGGCUCGGCGGGAACGCCGGGUUCUUCUUCAAAUGAGUCUCCUCCACCGCCGGAAAGCUCGAACUCGCCGCCAUCUUCGGGGUCUUCGCCUCCACCGGAGGCUUCAUCGUCGGGUGGGAAAGGAGGUCCUCCCCCACCAAUCUCAUCCUCUCCUCCACCGGAGGGUUAUUCUUCAUUCUCUUCGCCACCCAAAUCCUCUCCUCUUCCACCGCUGCCUCCUGAUUCGGAUUCGAAAUCAAAGGUGAAUGGACCGCCUUCAAAAUCUGGUUCCCCGCCGCCUAGUUCGUCGCCAGGCUCAAGUUCUGGUACCCCUCCACCUCCAUUGAAUUUAGGACCUCCGCCACCAUCAUCGCCAUCGAAUUCGAAAGUUCCACCACCACCCCCAUCGGCCUCUCCUCCUUCUCCUCCUCCUCCUGGUACUCCUGAUAGCCCUGCCAAACAAUUCCCACCUCCAUCACCAUCACAAAUACCCUCCCCGCUUUCUCCUCCUCCUCCUUCUCCUUCUCCUCCUCCUCCUCUCCUUCCUACUUCUUUACCCGCUCAAAAAUCUCCACCACCUCCAUCCCUUUCUCCUCCAAUAUUAGCCAGCUCUUCGGAUGCCAAUCCCCGUUCACCGCCGCCCCCCCAGAUCUCGCAACAUUCCAAGUCUUCCCCACAGCCUCCGCCGUCCCAUUCUUCCUCCAACACCAGAACUGACGGUUCCUCCUCCAACUCUAAGGGUGGCUCCAGCUCUCCGUCAGGAUCAAGUGGGAGUACUUCUGGGACUUUCGUUGGGGUGGCAACGGCGGGGGUGUUCAUCGUAGCCUUAAUUGCAGUCUUUUUUGUGGCCUCAAUCCGGAAAAAAAGAAGAAGAAAACAACUCUAUGGCUCCCAUUACAUGCCCCCCAAAAAGGUUUCUGUAAGAGCAGAUGAUGGAUAUUACUACAACCAGCAAUACCCAAUGGGGAACAAUAUUGUAGUAGAUGGUUAUAAUAAUUCAUCAAUUGCAAGUAGCUAUGGGAGUCAAAGGGGAGGGAAUAUGCAGCAUGGAGGGGCGGCCGAUUCUAGCGGCGGCAUAAGCAGUGCAAAGUCCUUUUUCAGCUAUGAAGAAUUGAUGGAAAUAACAAGUGGGUUUUCUCGCCAAAAUGUUCUGGGUGAGGGUGGGUUUGGGUGCGUUUACAAGGGCUGGCUGCCGGAUGGAAAAGUGGUGGCAGUUAAGCAGCUCAAGGCCGGUAGCGGGCAAGGCGAGCGGGAGUUCAGGGCUGAAGUCGAAAUUAUUAGCCGUGUUCAUCAUCGGCAUUUGGUCUCCUUGGUGGGCUAUUGCAUCUCUGAGCAUCAGAGAUUGCUCAUCUAUGAAUUCGUUCCAAAUAAAACUCUUGAGCAUCAUUUGCAUGGUAAUGGAAUGCCGGUGUUGGAUUGGACCAAAAGAAUGAAGAUUGCUUUAGGUUCUGCCAAGGGUUUGGCAUAUUUACAUGAAGAUUGCCAUCCAAAAAUUAUUCACAGAGACAUCAAGUCAGCAAAUAUUCUCUUGGAUGAUGUUUUUGAGGCACAGGUUGCAGACUUUGGACUUGCCAAACUAGCAAAUGACACGCAUACCCAUGUUUCAACUCGAGUCAUGGGAACAUUUGGGUACUUGGCACCCGAGUAUGCAUCAAGCGGAAAAUUGACAGAUAGAUCAGAUGUAUUCUCAUUUGGAGUUGUGCUUCUUGAGCUUCUCACAGGGCGCAAACCAGUUGACGCAACUCAGCCUUUGGGGGAUGAGAGUUUGGUUGAAUGGGCUCGCCCACACCUUAUUCGUGCCCUUGAAACCGGUGAUUUUGGUGAAUUAGUAGAUCCACGGCUUGAAAAGCAUUAUGUGGAGAGUGAAAUGUUCCGAAUGAUCGAGUCAGCUGCUGCUUGUGUUCGCCAUUCUGCUCCAAAACGGCCUCGCAUGGCGCAGGUGGUGAGAGCACUAGACAGUGAAGGUGAAAUGUCUGAUCUCUCUAAUGGGGUGAAAUAUGGGCAGAGCACUAUAUAUGAUUCAGGCCAAUACAACCAUGAAAUUUCAAGAUUCAGGAGGAUGGCAAACGGCAGCGAUAGCUCGGACUAUGACAUGUACAGUGGAGAAUUCAAUUAUAGAGAAACAUCUGGACCUCAACCUUCAACGAGGUUCCGGGAUGCUUCAAGUGGUGAAUCAGAAACUAGAGCCAUUAAUCCACAGAGCGGUGAACACAGAUAUGGCAAUGGCCGUCGGUUUUAACUAAUUCGAUCUGAUUUCUUCUGCACAUUAUUUGACUAGAAAAAAAAGCCU